AUGUCACUCCGAGUUUUCAGUAGGGCCGGCAUGAUGCUUGGUCGCCGUGGAACCAUCAUUGGUGGUAACGGCUGUCAUCGUUUCCCCGUAAUGGGGGUCAAAUCUCCUUUGGCAAUGGUCCAACCAAAAUCAAGAUUCCAUUGGGGGUUGCAACCUCGUCAGACCAAAGAUAAUUCUCAGACCAAAAACGAUUCUUCUAAUUCUCUGACCGAAGACGAUUCUUCUGCUGGGAAAAAAAAGGAAAAGGGAAUUAAGGCCCUCAUGAAGAAAUACGGGUACGCUGCGCUUGGGGUGUAUUUGGGAUUGAGCGUGCUUGAUUUACCAUUCUGUUAUUUAUUUGUCGCGAGCGUUGGCGGUGACAAAAUCACAGAAUGGAAGGAUCAAAUCUGGCAAUUCUUCGGCAUCUCCAGAGACGAACAUUCCACCGUCAAUGAUGAUGACCAUGAUGGGGUGGACAAAGAUAAUGACGAACGUAAUAAGAAAGAUGAAGGAUGGGGUAAGUUCUUGACGACUUUUGCCAUUGCUUAUGGGGUCCAUAAAUCCUUGGUGUUUAUUAGAUUACCAAUUACUGCCUGGAUCACCCCAUCGGUGGUGAAGACUUUACAAGGAUGGGGGUUCAAUGUUGGGAAGAAAACCGUGCAAGAGGCGUAUAAAGCAGCAGCAGCUAAGAGUGGGGUGGCAAAAACCGCAGGAUCGAAUAAGGUGAAUGAGGAAUUGUUUGGUAAAGUGGUCGGUAAAAGCAAUGAUAAGAAACGUUGGUGGAAUUUCUUCCUUUGA